AUGCGCCGAUCAAUACGGACGCGGCUGUCCUUCGCUCCAGUCAUCGCGUUGGCAGCGCUUGUCGAAGCUGAUCUCAACUACGUGACGGACCUGGAGAUUUACUCUCUCUUGGCCCCUUGUGUCUCCGACGCCAUCUCAUACAACAUCGCGACGCUCACAUACGGCACAAUAUGCGGCGACUCGGAAACAGAAUUGCAGUCAUGCGCCUGCUCCAACACGGAGCGCUUCAACAGCAUCACGUCGUCCAUCUCGCGAGACGUCAGGAACAGUUGCGGUAGCACCGCAACCGACGACCAGCAGAGCGCAUCGAGCGUCAUGGCCAAGUACUGCAACCAGGACCUGCCCAUCACAUUCUCGACGCCGACGAAGAACGUUGUCGAGGCCUACAUCACCGACUUGAGCCAGAUCAACUAUCUCCCUCAAUGCGCUCAGUCGGCUCUGUCACAGGCAGUCAUGGGGGAUAAUAUCUCCAGGUGCCCCGAAGCCGCCAAUCUGUUUGCGCCCUGUGUCUGUGGAAAGGGUGGGAUCCCCUCACAAGUCAGCGACGUGAUUAGCAAGUCUGUUCGAUACUCGUGCUCCAACGGAGGCGACAUCACCGCUGCCCAGGACUUUUACAACGAAUACUGCGCCAUGAACAACGGAACGACGACGUUUACGCAGCCGCCAGGGCCUCCGGGAGACAUUCAAGUCGUUGCGGUCCAAACGGCCAUCUACUGCGCCACCGGCCCUCAAGCCCUCGCCUCGUGCGUCUGCAUCAAGUCCGGCAUGAGCCGCAAGAUCCUGAGCACCCUCACCUCCAACGUCAAGUGGAACUGCGACAACACGGCCACUGCAGACGUCACCUCGGCCCUCGACGUCUUUGCCGUCUACUGCAGCGCGGCCGAGAAGGAGACUGUCCUGUCCAUAACGGAUACCGCCACGGAAACGUACCCGCACCCUACCAACCGAGUCUCUUCGUUUUCCGCCAGCCCUUCAGAGACGGGGAGCGGCGGCGGCGGCGGCAGCAGCAGUGACGGAGGGAACAACUCGGACAAUGGGGGACAAGACGGUUCAUCCUCUGAUGGGAGUGGUGGAAACAGCUCGGGCUCGAGCUCAAAGACAAACUCCAUCAACAAGACGGCCGUCAUUGCGGCCUGUGUCCUUGCCGGCGUCGUCCUCAUUGCCGCAAUCGCCGCCGUGGCAUUCUUCGUCCGCCGAAAGCGCAACAAGAACAAGGGGGAGCAGCUGCCGGCAGUGGAUGGGCCAAACCCCCAAGGACCCCCCGAGCUCGAAAACACGGCCAAGAUGGGCCCGAACGUCGCCGUCGUGCCCGAGCUUCACAGCACCGAGAGACAGGAGCUUCAGGGGAGCACCGGGACGCCUGCCAGCGAGUUGCCGCCCAACUACGGCACUCCGCGGCCGGAACUUCAGGGGAGUGGUGAGUACAAGCCGCCGGUUUCGCCGGUGCACGGGGGAGGGUAUCAACCGCCUCACUCGCCGUAUCAUGGGCAUCAACAGGGGACUGCGACGGUCUCCCCUGCAACGCCGAAUACGUACGGGGCUGGAUGGCAGUCUGGGCCGGUUGCGGAAACGUACGAGCUGGAUUCGGCGACAUGGAAGGCUUCAUAG